AUGACAAUCACCUCCUCAUAUUUCCCGAGCCGCUGGGUUAUAUACCAAUUGGCACGUUUUCCCCACGAUAUUGUAUCAGUGGAUAUCUGUGGUGGGGCUUGGCACAAUAAAUCUAUGUGGUGCAAUGAGGAACAUUACAAUCUAAAGGCUAUCCUCGAUGUCCCUGAUGGGACUGGCCGAAUACAUUUGGCUGGAGUGGCAUUGGCAGAUGGCUCAUAG